UAUAAUACUCACUAGGAGCUUUGUAGGUAAACCAAGCCAAGAAAACGAACGUCAAGUCAAUUCAAUCAAUCAAAACCUAUAUAGCAGGACCUAAAACAUAUUGUAUUUUUGGAAAAAAGUUAAAAAUAGGGUAAAAGAAAUGGCGGAUUCUACGGUAUUAGACGCUAGUAAAAUGAAAGUAGUUGAUUUACGUAAAGAGUUGAAGUCGCGUGGCCUCCCUCAUACGGGCGACAAAGCAGAACUCGUGGCCAGACUACAAACAGCCAUGGCACAAGACGAUCACCAGGAUAUCAACUUGGAUUCAGAUGAAAUAGACUCCGAUGGUGUGCUGGAAGAAGACGAAAAAUUGGACGACGAUGACGAAAAAAGCCAAGCCGACAUACUCGAUGACUCUGCGGUAGACACUAUAAACGAAGAAUUGGCGCUUGCCGAUCAACCGGCGCCGAAGCCGGCCAGCGAGGUGAAGCCGCUAAAAACACUCAAGCGAAAAUUAACUACAGACACAAAGGACUCCAAAGAGGAAAACAAGGAGGCUGGAUCUAAAAAAAUUGUGUUAAACAGGGCAAUUUCUGUGACACCGGCAGUUAAACCAGAUGCAGAAACCACCACGGGUCAACCUGAAGUUACAGCUCCAAUUGAUACCAAAAUAAAAAUAACUGCAGAAAUCGAUACCAAAACAAGGUUAGAAAUGCGUGCUAAAAGAUUUGGAUUACCUGUCAAGAUGUCGGAUGAUGAAAGGAAAGAGGCGAGAAAACAGAGAUUUGGCCAGAACACUUCAAGCUCAAUUACUUCAAACAAGACACCAUCAACAUUGAGUGAGAAUUUAGACAAACUCAAACAAAGAGCUGAAAGAUUUGGACAAUCAGUGUCUAAAAUUAUGACUGAUAUAGAACUUAAGGAAAGGAUUGAGAAACGCAAGGCUAAGUUUGGUACUGUUAAGUAAACAAACAUGUUAGAAUAAGUAAGUUAACUGUAAAUAUCCUCAUCACCUUUGCAAAUUUUCUGCUUAAGUAUAAUUGUUGAUACUACUUAAAAUUUCAUGAAAUUGAAAUUAAAUAUUUUGCUAUA